AAGAAAUGAAAACACAAAAAAAAUGGCAUCUAAUUGUUAGCUUCCACACUCAAUCUUUGCAGAAAUCACGCUCUAAUUUUUUCACUAUCAAAGUAUAAAUAUGUAACUUAGCUCAAGCCCCCAACAAUCAAGACCUUUUGCAUUCUUAAUUGUCAUAUUAAGCUAAACAAAAUGUCCACUUCUUCUUCAUUCUUACCUAUAGUAACUGUCACAACCAUUUUUUUCAUACUUCCUUUUAUAUCAGAAGCUCAGCUAAGCACCACAUUUUACUCCACUAGCUGCCCCAACGUGACGAAUAUUGUUUCUACUCAACUCAGUCAAGCUUUAUCCAGCGAUCCGCGCAUUGGCGCUAGCCUCAUUCGCCUCCAUUUCCACGAUUGCUUCGUUCAGGGAUGUGAUGGAUCGGUGUUAUUGGACGACAACACGACGAAUUCAAUACAGAGCGAGAAAAACGCGGGUCCGAAUGCGAACUCGGCUCGUGGAUUUGAUGUUGUGGACAAUAUAAAGGCGGCUCUCGAGCAGGCGUGCCCUGGCGUCGUGUCGUGUGCCGACAUUCUUGCGCUUGCUUCUCAAGCUGCCAUAUCUCUAGCGGGAGGUCCAUCGUGGGUUGUGCCGUGCGGCAGGACAGACAGCAGAACGGCGAACAUGGCAUUAGCGAACACGGCUAUUCCGUCGUCGUUCGAUACCGUAACUAACAUCACUGCUAAGUUUGCUAACGUUAGUCUCAACACUAACGACUUUGUCGCAUUAUCAGGGGCCCACACGUUCGGUCGGGCAGAAUGCAGGUUCUUCUUCCACCGGCUGUACAAUUUCAGCGGGACGGGACAGCCGGACCCGACUCUGAACACGUCCUACCUGGCAAUGCUAAGGCAAGUUUGCCCGCAAAACUUGGCCAACUUGACGUCGGUGGUGACGGACUUGGACCCAUCGAGCCGGGACAGUUUCGACACCGGGUAUUAUUCGAACCUUUUAACGGGUCAGGGGCUACUGCAGUCGGAUCAAGAGUUGUUCUCGAAUUCGAGCGCGCAGAUAAGAGGGCUUGUGCAGCAGUUUAGCAGCAAUAGGAAUGCAUUUUUCCAGAGCUUUGUGGCGUCUAUGGUGAAGAUGGGGAAUAUUGUGUCGGGGCAGAGCGGGGAAAUCAGGGCAAAUUGCAGGAUGAUUAAUUGAUUGAUUAGUUAAAUUUGAUGGUUUUGGUUUGUGUUGAAUUUGAGUUCUAUCUAUUUUGGUUAAUUAUAAAGACUUGUGGUUUUUUUUUUUUCUUUUUUUUUUAAUUGUUGAGUUCUUGUUCCUUCUCUCUUGGUUGAUUGUGUAAUUCCAAUGGAGAGGUAGAUGAAGAAUCUGUUAUGGUUCUAGUGAUGUCAGUUGACGUCUCGAGUGUACUCCUUUUUUGGAGUUCUAAUAAAAAUAUCAUUUGGCGAAAAAAAAGAAAAAAAAA